AUGGUUGAGCCACAAGCAGAAGCCCAAGCGCCACAAAUGGCCCAAAUACCACAAAUAUUUAUAGCGCCAUCGAAUUUUCCACCACCAAAGUCCCUUAUAUUCGACGACAACUUGGCAACUACGUGGGAAUCUUGGAAGAAAGCAUGGACACGAUAUGAGAUUGCGAUCGGUGUACAAAAACAAGAAGGUAUUGUCAGAGUAUAAACCUUGUUAAGCGUAAUAGGCGAGGACGGUGUUAAGGCAUAUGACACUUUUACUUGGGGCGAAGACGAGAAUCAAAAUGAUGUUGACAUUGUACUUAAAAAAUUUGAUGAAUAUUGUUCACCUACAACUCAAAUAAUCUAUGAACUAUACCGUUUCAACAAUAGAAACCAGGCACAUGGGGAAAACAUCGCAACCUCCGCCAGAAAAUCGCCAGAAAUUGUACACAUGACUCGAUUGCACCAGACGAAAUUUUACGGGAUCGGCUUGUUUUAGGCAUUCGUGAUGACCGCGUCCGAGAACGUUUGUUAAGGCUAAACGAUCUCAUGUUACAGAAAGCAGUCGACACUAUCAAAGCCGCGGAACAAACACAGCAACAAGUCAAGCUCAUGAGCACUGGAGAGGAUUUUGUAAACACGCUAAAGGAGAACACAACAAGAAGACGCCGGUGUAGAAAGUAAACAAUCUCGAAAGACAAAACCAAGAUAUUCAAUGCAAAAAGCCUCAAAAGAUUUCUCGGGAUGGUAAACUAUUUGGCAAAGGUUUUACCUUUAAUUUAUUGUCGGACAUGACGGAACCGCUCAGAAGGCUCGGAGAUAAGGAUGUAGAGUGGUGUUGGCUCGAACAACACAAGCAAGCGUAUGACAUUGUCAAGAAGUCUAGCCAAAGCGCCGGUCCUGAGAUACUACGAUGUCAGCAAGGAAGUUACUAUUGAAUGUGAUGCUAGUGAGACAGGUCUAGGUGCUGUCUUGACGUAGGACGGACAACCCGUUGUUUUUGCUUCGUGGGCACCCACAGAUACAGAGACUUGUUGCGCCCAGAUUGAAAAAGAAUUACUAUAGCGAUUGUCUGGGCAACAAGCAAAUUCGAUCAGUAUAUCCUCGGUCGAGAAAUCAUUACCAUAGAAUCCGAUCAUGAACCGCUUAAGGCAGUUUCAUCAAACCCGUACAUAGCUCGCCUAAACGGUUGCAGAGAAUGCUGCUGGCCCUCCAAAAUUACAAUCUCAACGUGCAGUACAAGAAAGGCAAACUUAUGUGGAUAUCGGAUACCCUGAGUCGUGCAUAUCGGAAUGCAACAGAAUCUUGGCGCCAUGACACGACUGAAGUACGAGCCCUGGAAGAGAUCGACGAUGCAGAGAAUCUGUCUAUUUCUCCAGACAGACUCAACCAGUUCAAGCGCGAGACACCGUCAGACAAAACCAUGCAGAGUAUCAUCGUCGCGGUAAAAAAUGGCUGGCCUACAUCCAGGAGACAGUGCGGCCAGGACUUGACACCUUUCUACGACAAAAGAAGUGAACUAGUAGUAGAUACUGGACUAGUGUUCGCUGGAGAACGUUUAGUACGUCCCCACAUCAACGAGAAAAGAAAUGCUGACGAAGAUUCACCGAUGUUGGCAUAGAAGGAUGUCUUUGGAGAGCCCGUUAUAUUGGCCAGUCAUGAACGUAGAGGUUAAUUUAAAGAUUUGAUUUCAAAAUGCCCAACACGCCAGGCGUAUCAACCUGUACAAUGUCGUGAAGAAUUAAAACCAUACCCAUUACCAUUCCGUCCCUGGGAAACG